AUGCCUAAAGCUAUUAAAUAUAAUGAAUCUGACCUACGUAAGGCCUGCGAAGCCGCUCAGGCCCAAAAAAACCCAAAUCUUGCUAAGAUUGCGCGUGAAUAUGGCGUUCCUUACACGACCCUACGUGGACGCGUUAUAUCUGGUUCUCAGCCUCGUACAGCUCGCAAACCAGUCAAUAAAGCCCUUAAGGGGUAUCAGGAGGAAGCCUUAAUACAGUGGAUAGUCUGGAUGCGAGAUCACUACCUGCCAGUGACGCCUAAGCUACUAGAAGAGUAUGCAAAUCAGUCACUUCAACGUGCUGGUGAAGAUAGACAGGUUAGCAAGGUAUGGGCAUAUCGCUUUGAGAAACGACUCCCAGAACACCUCAAUCUAGGCCCUAUCAAGCAAAAGACGAAGGAAUCAAGGCGUAUCCAGGCUGAGGAUGCAGGGUUAUUGGCACACUGGUAUAAUCUGCUUGCAAAUGUGGUUAAAAAGGAUACACCAGCGCGGUUAGUAUACAACUUUGAUGAAUGUGGCUUCCGGCCUGGUGAAGGCAGAUCUAGGAAGGUAAUUGGUUCAAAAGGGGCUUCUAUCCCUGAUCUUCCUGAAUCUGAAAGAGGAGAGAAUAUUACAGCUAUUGAAUGCAGCGGCACCUUCAUGGAAUUUUGGUUUAACAAGAGCGAGUCCCUACCACCGAAUACAACGAUAGCUACGCAGACCAGCGGCUGGAUAUCAGAUGAAAUAGCCCAUCAAUGGCUUCAAAGCUUUAUCAAGGCAACAAAUGAGCGUACGAAGAGGGGAGAGAAACGGAUACUUAUCUUUGAUGGUCAUGGCUCCCAUCUCACCGUCGAUUUCUUACAGACAUGCAAAGAUAAUGGCAUUAUUGCCUUUGGAUUCCUUCCUCAUACAACACACCUUUGCCAGCCACUAGAUGGCAAGCCAUUCUUGAACUACAAGCAACACUUCCGACGCAUAAAUAAUGAGCUAUCUUACUGGGCUGGUGAGCCAGUAGGGAAGUCAGAAUUCUUACGGGUGAUUGGACCAGUACGGGAGAAAGCCUUCAAUCAGCGGAUCAUCCGUGAGGCCUUCAAAGAUCGUGGAAUCUGGCCAGUCAAUAGUAAGAUAGCUGACGAUCUUGGAAAGAAGGAAUGGAAGGACUGUCCAAUUCUCUAUGGGCUUGACAUAGAAGGCUUAGACAGUUUUGAAAGUCCUCCUUCUACACCCUCUCGGCCACUAUCUUCAUCCAGUAUUGAUAUCUCCCCUCCAAGGUCGAUCCAGGCUCUUGAAAAGAAUCAAGCAAAGCUAUCUAGGCUUGCAGCUACUGUUGCAGAUCUUACACCAAAGCAGAUACGGAAUAUUGAUCGUUUCAUUGAACAUAGUCGAAUCGCCGCGGAGGAGGGGGCUAUGUUUAAGGAGACAAUUAAUCAAAUCAGGGCCGCGCAAGCCCCCCUACGGCGCCAAUACACUAAGCGACAUGUUAAGCCACUUAGUCAGAAUGGCAUACUAAGGGUGCAAGAUGCAAAUCGAUCAAUUGCUUCAAGGAAGGCCAAAGAUGCUGCUGCGCAAGAGAGGCGUUUACAAAGGCAGUGGGAGAGAGUGCAUGGUAAACCACCACCACCAGCACCUACGCAAGAGAAUAUGGUAUCAAAUGGAUCAGCAGAGGCAGCAGAUAAGAAUGGUGAUUUUUUGUAUAUAGAUAACCCCUAG